AUAGAAGGAACUCCCAGGAUUAGCGGCUAUAGUGCUAAAACCGGAUAUCAUAUGAAACUUUUGAAAACAGGCUUUCCAGUACGCUUUAAGACAAAUGAGAUACCAUCUCUUGGUAUCAUGGAAUUUAAACUCAACAACACCUGGAAGAGACUUUGCACCCCAAGUUGGGAUGAAAAAGAAAAGGAUUUAACCUGUAGAGCAAUGGGAUAUAAUGGUCCUACUGACAACAACACUCAGCCAGAAAGCAAGAGUCACUCAAACAAGACCAUUCGUCGAAACUGUACAUCGUUGCUUUUCAAUUGCAAUAAUAACAGCAAACAGGAUCUCCAGUCAUGCACAGGUAGCUGAUAAGGAGUUUACUCACAUUGUUAAUAUCUGCUUCAAAGUAUUUUACUCUCUCCAAUUUUUUUUUUAAGGAAAGCCUUAGCAGUAACAGCCUCUUUCGGACUUUGCGUGUGUGAUGAAAAGUAAAGAGAAGCCUCACGAUCCUGAGUGGUCUUGUUUCCUAACUGCCACAAUUAGGAUGUUCAAUCAUUUAAAUGAUUCGUAAUCGAGUCAGGUCCUUUUACAAAAUUGCAAAUUUCCUAACAGCAAACACCAUUCAAUCAAUCUAUUUUUGCUCGCGCGUCUGUGUGGGAUUUUACUUUCAACCCUGGUUAAAAAAAAUUACUUCAGUCGUCAUAAGGUUCUGGAAUAGUUAAUAGAAAUUAUGGGAUUUUGUUCCUUUUUUAGCCACGCCCUCCUGCUAAAUAUUGUACAGUUUUGUUACUGCUAAUCUGAUUAUGUGUCUUAUCCAAGUGGUAACCCAUCUAUCAAUUUCUUAUCUAACGAUUGUACUGUUAAUUUAUGCAUUUAGUUCCUGUACGCUUAAAUGGAGCAAACUUGACUUACGGAGGAAGAGUAGAAGUCUUUUAUCGAGGAAAGUGGGGUAAGAUCUGUCGAAAAGGAUGGGAUUUUAACGAUGUGAAAGUGGUUUGCACUCAACUAGGUUUUAAAGGUGCAGUAGCGGAAUUCAUUACAUCGGAGGGCAAGGACGAAAAGCUACCCUAUUUAAUGACAGAGGUGUUCUGUAGUGGAAAGGAAUUGAAUCUGUCAUCCUGCAAACGAACUGAUGGUGAGAAUUAUUGUCCAUAUUACAAGGGGGCUCAAGCAUUGUGUGAACCAAGUAAGUUUAUCGCUCACGAGUCAAUACAGUUCAGUGCAAUGUACUGAAUGUUAGAAUAAUAGUAACGAACAUUAAUUUUUAUACUCCCGAAUUCUGGGCCUUUCAUAAAUUCGUCUAGAUGUUGCCUUCUUUAAGAAGGAGCUGGCUCACCUUGAGCCAAAUUUGCCUUGUCCGGGCCCCGCCUUGGAUAAUUUCUCCUCACCCGUCAUCAUUGACUAUCAUCUUCUAGAAGAAAUUAUGAAAACCACACCAGCUGGGAAGUCUAGGCCAGACAACUUAACUUACAAAAAAUAAAAGGGCCAAUGCCUAUAUUGUAAAGAAAUUCACCUCUCACCCAUACGCCUUCUAAGGUGACUCUCUUCUCGACUCCUUAUUAGCAAAGCCAUCGCCAGGUUUCUGUGAGAAUAUUCUAGGCCUUUUUCGGCAUGUUUUCAAAAAUUCUGGUAAACAUAUAUAACAUAUAACAUACUUACGGCUCUUUAAUUGGAGUUAAUGGCGUGUUGCAAUCCUUAAUCAAGUGUUUAGGGAGGCUGUAGUUUAGCAAAAAUGCAACAGAAAUGCACUCGAGAUUUGACGAAGAUAUAGACAACGAUAGAUUAAAAAACUUAGGAUAGGACUUGCCUCUAUAGGUACGUUUCAAAAACCGAUCCUUUUUCAUGAGAAGUUAGCCUAACCUAACUAACAGCGGCUUUGAAUGUAAUAUAAUAUACAACUAUAUCCUGAAGGGGAGGUCGCGUUUCGGUCUAUAUCUAGCGCUAUGAACCGACUCUGAGGGGGAUAGUUGUUUUACUAUUUACCAAAUCGGUUAGAUAAAAAUGAAAAAAGCAAGUUUUUGUAAAUUAAAAACGUCACUUAGUAGGAACUUGUUAACAAUUUACAAACAUUUCGGACACUUCGUCAAGUGUAUUUUUACGAUUUUGUUGCAAAUUCUACCUACCAGUUACCACUGACAAGCCAAAGGUCGUCGCUUUCUUGGUUGUUGUUUAUACGACUGCUUGAUUUAACGCUCAAAUUUCAUCUUUCGAAAAUGUCUCGAAACGAGACGCCAUCUUGGCUCCGGUCGCAAAACGGUGAAUAGCCAAGGAUAUUCCAAGUUACAGGAGCUAAUCAAAAUGCGAGAAAAUUGGAGGCAUUGUGGUUGGGAAAAACUGGACCGGAACCGACAAACCGGCCUAAGAGGUGCGUUUGUCUAGGCGUUUUCUUUUUCAGGUGAUUCGGAGGCUUCCACAAAGGAUAACUUUGAAAAAAAGUUAGUCGCUCUGGAAAAAGUGUCUUAACGUCUGGUCUUCUAGAGAUUUAACGCUCUAUAGAAAAAUAAGCAUUAUCAAAAGCUCUUUCAAAAAUUCUGUUCUCAGUGUUCCCACUGGUUUUGUUGAUGAAGUGAACAAAUCUCUAUCCAACUUCAUAUGGAACCACAAACCACCCAAAAUCAAGCGCUCGACAAUGAUUAAAAGGAUAAAAGAUGGCGGACUCAGCAUGCCUGAUUUCGAUAAAAUAGGUAAAUCUUUAAAAGCAGGGUGGGUGAAACUUCUCUUAGACCCUCAGUUGCAAUCCUGGAAGACAAUACCGUUUAGCCUUUUAGACAGUGUAGGUGGCCCGUUGUUGUUUAAAUGUGAUUUUUCGUUAAGAACUUUACCUGAGCUCCCUCUCCUGCAGCUCUUCUACUGAAAUGUUCUCAGUGCUUGGGAGAGUAUAUCACAAGCACACAGCAAGUACAAAGAAAGGACUCAAAAAAGAGAUCCUGUGGAAUAAUCAUGAGGUCACUAUCGGUGGCAAAUCUGUUUUUUUUUUUAUAAGCAAUGGUAUGAUGCUAGCAUAAAGACCUUGCCAGACAUCCUAGACAAGCUAAGGAACGAAAGUUCUUGACGUUUACAGAAUUCAAGACAAAGUACAUAAUUAACAGAAACUUUCUGUGCUAUAUUGGCUUGUGUAAUGUAAUCCCAAGGCACUGGAGGAAAGCCUUUAGUCUUGGUAACGAAAAUGACUUUGUAGUUACCAAACAUAAGUCAGUUCAGCCAUUUAAGAACUUGCCCCCCACUUGCUGGCAAGCACACGCGUCUUAUGUAUCUAAGUCUUUCCAAAAACCUACAUCAGAAGUUCGUCUUAUUGACACUGGAUUCACACAUCAGACAAUUGCGGCGUUAUACCUUCUUCCAUUCAAAGUUACAAAAAACAUAAAGCUUUCUAUGUUUUAAUUUAAAAUAAACCAUCACAUCCUGUACACUCACGACAAACUUUUCAAGGCCAAACUUGCUGAAAGUGACACUUGUCAUGUGUGUAAAUCGAAGCAGACCCUAAGGCAUCUGUUUGUAGAGUGCCUGCAUGUCCACUCCUUCGGGAACCUUUUUACCUCUAGGUGGAACGACAAUAACUCGACCUUUGACCAAUGACGAUAAAAUUUACCGGUAUCUCCCUGAGAAACAUUCCUUCCAUACGUUUAAUCUUGCCUGAUAAUCGCUCCUUUUUAUCUCUUCACCGCAGCCAAAGAAAGUGGACCAUAUAGUUUCUUAGCCUUUAAAGCUUUUCUGAAAUAUGAAUUUUCUAUAGAGCUUUCAACCGUCUGUGCAUUCUUAAGCCGCAAACACGUUUGACAUGCUCAGUUGUUUUUUGUCAUUGGGUUGUUUUUUUUUUUCUAACUCAGAUUAGUAAUUGCAAUAUCCUGUGUACCAAUUGUAUCUUGUCUUGUACCUCUUAUUUUGGUAUGUCUCUCUUUGUUUGCUAACAUUGUAUAUUGUAUUGUACUGAAUUAGGCUUUAAAAAAGCAAACAAAGCAACAACUUGCAAAAACAACAGCGGUCAAACAAUAGUGUUUGGCACCAUUUGAGAACAUGUUUUUUUGGUUUUAUGUCCACUCUUAGAUAAAACCGGGUCACUAAAGUGAGUAAACAAUGAUGCCCUUCAAGGGGGCCUACUGUCAGAGGGUCCAAGUAACAUCACGGUAUCACCCCGUUCAGGCUCUCAGAUAGUAAGGACCGGCGUUGCGAAAACAAGGUCAGGCUUGAUCUAGAAAAGGGGGCGUGGUGGAGAAAGAAGAAAAGAGCAUUCUCCCCCUCCAGCUUUCUCUCAGUGCGUUACUAUCUUUGAGCCUCUGCUAGGCUAUCUCUAGAAAAAGCUAUCAAACAACGCCUUGGCCUUGGCCCAUGUUUCGACCAAUUGAGAGUUCAAUAUCACCUUUCAUUUCUAUUUCAUUUUUUUCCAUUGGCACCUUUUGAUUAAUUAUGUUCUAAACUGAUUUAAGACUUUUUCAUGAACAGAAAAUUUGGAUGUGUUAGAUCGGACUCCUUAUUAUUUGAAAAUUGGUAGCAGCGAAACAUUACCAUGUUCCUUGAAAAACGACACUCACAUCCGAUGGUACAUCGACGGCAAAGUUGCUUCCACGUCUGGUCGCCAAAUUAAGACUUCCGGUGAUACAUUAACAAUAAAUGAUAUCAAAGUGUCUGAUGGAGGUACCUAUGAGUGCCGUGGAUUAAAGUACACAAAGCUCUUCACCAUAUAUGUGAUUGGUAGGUAGCUUUUUCAUUAUAAAAUUACCUUUUUAGUUGUCAGUGUCAACAGUGCCAGCGUUAUCGUUUCCAAUUAUUAUCUGUCAUCACCAUUAGAACUACCCUAAAUUGAGGAACGGUGGAAUAGCGGAAAAUGAACUAAAAUUCUGAAAUGAGGAACGGCGGAAGAUAGAUCCACACCCUAAAACGCGGAACACUAAAAACCAAAGAAAAAAGAGCAAAAAAAGUUUAUAUGAAAAACGAGACAUCGAUUUUGCUCUUAUUGAAAAUAUUGUUGUGGUAACAAGCCACGUUCAGAAUCAAGUAGUGGUUCCCCAGUUCGUUGACUUGUGACUCUGUUAAUUCCAAGCAUGACUAUGUCCCUUUCCCACAGCCAUUUGUCGAGCAAUUUUCCCCCAGAAAGGUGAGCUUUAAAUGCCGUGAGAAAAAGAAAAGUGAAAAUAUCCUCCUAGUCAAAGUUAUCGUAGGCGACCUCCUUAGAAACUCCUUUAAGUAUAGUGGUCGCAACUCAGGCUGCUCGUUUUAGAAAAUGUCAAAAAUGGCUUUUUUGAUCUCAGUUUGACGAAGUGAUAAAGCGGCCAAUACUCAACUUUUGACUGAGUAGCCAGGGACGUAGAUACUUGAUACUUGAACGCCAAGAGCCGAUGUGCACGCACGACACGCGCGCAAGCGCGUACCUGGAAAAUCGAGUAAUCUGGAAACUCGAGUAAUACUAAAGACAUGUUGAAAGCAAUGAGAACGGUAAAAAGAACAACAAUAGACCUAAUUAGCAAAAAAAACAACUUUGCACGUGCAGCACUCUUUUUUUCUAAUUAGCAAAAAACAACUCUGCACGUGCAGCAGUUUUAUCUGUACAUUUCCUUACCGUUGUUUUACACGACUAAAACGUGAAACUUCUUUUAGCUUCCCAUUUACGCGUUUUAUGGAGCAAAUGUUUGUGUUCCUGUUCACUCUGUUUUUUCACUGCCGCUCCUUUUUCACAUUAGUAGCCGCUAGCAUUUCUCAUUUUCUAACUGCCGCUAUAUAAUUUUCAUGUUUUUCUUCCAACGAAAUUAGUCCCCGUUGUUAUUUAUUUCUCGCUCCUGACAAGUUUGACACUUGACAUCGGCUUACAUGUAGUGGGUAUACGGACGGUCGGCGUUCGUAGACUACGUCAUAACCAAAUUUUCUCGGAUGGAUAGUUUACCAAAUUUUGUUACCCAUAGUGCUCCGCUGGCGCGCUUCGCGCGCGAGAGCUCCGCUAUCAAGAGACUCUUAACAGUCCGGAAUAUCCCUAAAUUUAAGGACAGGGCCAACUGGUCACGCGACACUUUUCAACCAAUGAGAAGGCGCGCUUGUGUUUAUCAACAAACAAAUCAAAACAUCGCCCCAGUGAUCAAAAAUUUUCAAAACAACGGACGGAGUCGGACAGAAUCAGUCAUCGUUUCGAGGAUCUCAGGCAUAUUUUUAAGACUUUUCAUGAGGCAUACACAAUUUUUUUAAGUGGACAGCGUAUCGGAAGCCAUAUUGGAAGUGUCUCGUGAAAUAUUCAGCACAUUUUGUGGCUUAUGUCUUCUUUUAUCUUUUAAACAACGCGACGUAUAGGUGAGAUUUUGGUCGGUUUUCAACGUAGGUGAACAAGUAUCUAUUAUUUUUUCGAUUCACAGAUUUUUUACGAGGUUCUAGAUAUUUUUCCUCGAUUCUCAUGUCGAUUAACUUUUAUUAUGUUGAAUGUGGGGAUGGUAGACAACCUGGAAUUUUGGUAGGCAAUUUUUGAAUUUCGAGGUCCAAAACACGUACGUUUUCCACUCCCGGGUUUCUCACGGAGCCGUGUUAUUUCUUUUUUUCGCAUUAGUACGAGCCUUUGCCUUUUUUUCUUUUCAAGGCCAGAACAACGUUAUUAGUCUUAUGGAUAUUCACGUCCAACAUCUCGCCUUACUUUGCCGAAUUUGCGGGGAUGAAAUUGAAGAUCAUAAGCGCAAGAUCAAUACUAACCACUUUGCCCGGGCCGCUUCGUUUCUGAAAUUCACUAAUCUGGAAAGAUUUAAUGUUGUUGGAUUCUCCAAAUGUUCAUCCACCGUUAAAAAUCAGUCAAAGAAACAAGGCAAAUCUCAAUUGUAAAUGAUGUAUUUCGCUACUCAUUGAACAUGCACUGAUUAUCUGGGAUAAAAUUACAGGUACUACAGCAAGCAAAGAAAGAACCAGACGCGUGAAGUCAACACGAAACAACACAAAAAAACAAACGAGAAAAAUUAAUAAAUUUGAACUACUUUUUAUUCUUGUUUAUGAUGACUGGUUCUUUGAUUCUUGUCCUGUAGAAGUUAAUAGGUAGUACCAAUCCUGUUUUGUACGAUCUGAACAAAUUUUCACACUCUCUUUAAGGCUAUUUUUACGCGGGACCAGUUUGCUUCUAUCUAUUAGUAUUAUUAGUCUUGCUUAACAUACGAACUAGAUAGUCACGUUUAUAAGAGUUAAUAGGAACAGAUAAAAUUGUAAAUUCUUGUGCUACAUUAUUGUUAGUUAAUCACUAGUUUUAAUUUUUAUAACUUGUAAUUGUUUCACGGCAUGUGUUAAAACCAACUUGCUGAGCCAUUUACCGUGUUUAAAUAAAGUUGAUUGAUUGACUGAUUGAUUAAAUCAAGGCGUGGAUUAGAGACAUGGGUAAGGGCGGGGGGGGGUUAAGGGGAUCUAUUUUUAACAUCACGGCUUAACUAACAGACGACCAAUAACUGCACAUCGCGACUUAAUUGACCAAUCAGGUCAACAACCGGAGUUUAAUACCAUAAACUGGCGUGAUACCUUGACUCUGAAGGUGACUAUCGCACAGGUUGUCGAAACAUCAGUCGCUGUCAACAACAACAGUUCUAUUCAAGACUGUGCUAAAGCUAACAAGGUGUUGGGCUUGAUUAAAAGGACAUUUGGUUAUUCAAACAAGACUGGUAUCAAGACAGCUUUCAAGGCGCUAGUGAUAGCUAUCCUCGAGUACGCCUGCCCAGUCUGGAAUCCAUAUCUGGUGAAACACACCAAGGCAAUCGAAGCAAUUCAGAGAAGAGCGUCCCGACUAAUAUGUGGCCCCGACAAAGAAUAUCCUGAAAGACUUCUAGAGUUAAAAUGGGACUCUUUAGAACUGAGAAGGAAAUAUCUUAGCCUAGUUCAAAUGUAUAAGAUUAUAUUCGGUUACUGUGAUAUCAAUUGCCAUCAUUACUUUGAUAUUAUUGGAAUAACUCGAACUAGAAGUAAGCAUGAGUAUAAAAUAAGGCCUCAAGUUGCCCGUACAAAUUAUUUCAAAUAUUCAUUUUUUCAUAGAUAUAUUAAUGAUUGGAACUCGUUACCUUCUGAAGUAAUUUCAUCUCCUAGCCUUCAAUCUCUUAAAGUUUCACUGAUUAAGUACCUUCGCUCAUAACGUACCUUAAAAUACUAGGCAUAGUGUCUUUAAUAAAAGUUUAUGCAUUAUUAUUUGGCAUCUAGGUUUAUAAUUUAUGGUCUAAUUUAUAGUGUUUUAAUAUAUGUUUAUAUAUUAAUUAUUUUUUUUUUUCUUUUUUGGAGGGUAUGUUUUAGCAUAGGAAUUUUGUUUCCCCCUACUACCGUCCUGUUAACCAUUUUUGUAUUUUUUGUUCGAUUGUAUAUGUUAGUAUUAGUUCAUUUGUAUCAGUUAUGUAUGGUUGCGAACUGUGAUUAAAGAUUAAAGAUUACAUUCACCGUACCACUCGUCAGUUAAAAAAAUAAACACAUUUAUUAAUGGGUGUAUCAGAAAUAAAUAAACCAGGUAAUUCCUUUAUCUUCAUUUGAUAUCGAUGACUCUAUUUACGGCUUUUGGCAUAACUUCAAUUCAGAAGGCACGUAAAAAUAACGAAAAGAAAAGAAAAGCUACAAUGAUAAUAAAACUCGUCACGUCGGUACGCGUUCUCCUUCAAACGUUUUGUUCUCUUUAUUAUUAUCAUUUUAUCAUAUUCCACGUUUUGGUAUUUGGGUCUAUUUUCCGCCGUUCCUCGAUUUACGGUCGCCCUCAUCAUUACUACCAUUUUACUAGCAUCACCAGUAUAUAGAAUGUCCCGGAUAGUCCUUUCGAUAAAAUCAACUCUGUUAAACUUAAAGUGGAAUAUAUUAACGCUGCUUACGUAAGAGUCAUUGUGUCUGUGCAAUAGACCCGUUUGGGAUGCGUUUUUCAAUGAUCUGUCUUGAUCUGUGGUGGACAGGGUAGGUCAAAAAUUCAAGUUUUACAAUUUUCUUUAAACCCCUUUUGUUUUCAUUCUAUUAAUCAUUUAAUAAUCGUCCCUAAAAGAGGCACAAUUAUUACAAUUUCAAUUAUAUAAAGGGCGGUUUCACUCAAACUAGCGAGAAAAAAAUUAGUCCUUUAGAUAUAAUAAUAAUUUUAACUGAAAUAAAUAUGUAUUUCUUUGAAAGCGGAAUUUAGAAAUAAGCGUCCUCGACAAACCCUUAUAAGUGGAAAGUCUGGUGAAAUAAAGUGCACUGGCGUAGGAACUCCAGACCCACAGUUUGAGUGGAAAAGGGAUGGUAACAAAACGUUUGAUAACCUUCGAUUCACCCAGAUGUCUAGUGGCAGUUUGCGAGUCAGUUCAGUUAAACCAGGAGACGAGGGCAUCUACAUAUGCAUCAUGAAACAGAAUAAAAAACACAGCACUAGCACCGAAAACCAAGACAUAAAUGUUUCUGUAAUAGGUAUGUAACGAGCAGAAUAAAAGCGGAAGCCUAAAGUUACCGUAAAACCUGUUAACAUGUUAAUUAUUAUACAUGGUACUCACUAUCUGUCUUCUUAUUGGCUAGGAGUCUACAUUUAAUUUUGGAAAUCAGCGAAACCUACAGAUUAGUUAGUUGUCUGCUAUUUAUUUUUACAUUACAUUGGGAAGUUAUCGAACGUGAAAGAUAUAUAAAAAGAUAACAAGAAUUUGAAACGGGAAUAAGUUUGAAUAAUUGUAUAAAGUUCUUUGAAGUCAAAAUGUAUAUAAUUUCUCCCGUGACAUGUUAUGAUAUUGAUCAUUUAGAAAGCAAAUCUUCAGGCUUAAUGGAAGACUUUGGUGGUUUACUUUGAGGAUUCUGCAUGAUAAACCGUUGACAAGGAAACGGUCUUUUUAAAAAUUGGUAUAGUUAGGCUAUCACCAUGUUUGAAGCCUAGUGCGCUAGCAAAAAACACACGUUAAAUAACUGUAGAAAACAGACCUUCCAGACUGCACGCUAAAAAUUUCUAAGCCACAGUUGGUAUGUGUAAGUUGUACCGCAUUUGACGAAAACGCUGCUGGAUGUUAAGGAAACGCCAGUGCAUGCGUGAUGGAGAACACAUCGGGGGCAGGCAGAGGUCUCUCUCCUCUCUCUCAUUUUUUUCUCGCGCCGUGAGAGACCACCGGUAGAAGGGAAAAUAAGAUCGUGUUUUAUACUGUCUGAAUACGUAGUCGAGGAGACGGCAGUAGGUUUAGCAUUACUAGCAGCUCGUUAAUUCAGACGGUUUUGCCUGGUAUUUGCGACUUGAGGAGACGUAUGAAAUUCAGGCUAUCUGAAAACGGAGAUUUAAAUUAUUGUUUUAUUUAUUUAUUUUCAAUCGAGUUAAAGCCAUUAAAUUUAAGAUACCCGGGUUGACAUGCUACAACCACUGAGCUAUGGGAAACCCAAGUGAAAUUGUAGAAAAAUGUAAUUCUAUAUAAUGUACGCCUAAUCCAAGUUUAUACCUUUUUAAAUUUUCUUUAGUUGCACCUGUUGUAAAAGUGUUUGGACCAAAAAAUGGUACAGUGCAAACAGGUGAUAACGUAAGUCUAAAUUGCUCAAUUAAGAACGGUUCAACACCGAAGAUACACUGGUCGAAGGAUAACUUAACCCGAUCUGAAAACGAAAGGGUGUUGCACUUAACAAAGGUUAAAGCUGAAGACGUGGGGUGGUACACCUGUAAAGCAGAGAAUAAGGCUGGCUCCUAUUCUGACGCCAUCUUUCUAACCGUUGAUGGUAAGUGUCUCACCCAGUUCGUAAAUCUAAUUACUACCCGCCCUUUGUUAGACAUUUUCUAAUUUUUUUCUAGAAUACAAUAAUAUGGUAACUUUAGAUAUACAAAUAUUUAACCAAACGUCCCGCUCCUUGCAAAAUUCUCGAAGCUUAUUGUCUUCAUGAUUGGAUUGUGUUAAGUUCUCCGAUCGUCAAAGAUCAUAGUAGCUGGAGGCAACUUUUUGUCGACAGCUCAGCAGCCGACCUAAAAUGCACGAAUUCUUACGAUGCAUUUUAUGACUUUUAUGUUUUAUCGGAGAAUAAAUGCUUUUACUGAAUGUGUAGAAGUGAACUGGAAAUUUUGUGGGCGUUUUUUAAAAAAAGAUUAUUCCACUCACGCUUGAUGGAUAAGAGAUGAUUAUAUCCAACGCACACUUGUGGAAUAAUUGUUAAUUAGAGAUGUGAAACAAAGUAGCCUCUUAAAAAUAGUUCCAUGAGAACCGAGAGGGCUUGGUGCACUAAAUCCCAGUCCUCAACUCUGAAUAUUUACUUCCGACUCAGUGAGCUACAACUAUGAUAUGUCCUAUCCGAUAUUUCCAAGGCAAACCGUGCAUACUCGUGACCUAAAAUAGCUUACACUUGUGCUUAACUACUUGAUGUUAUAAAAACCACAAAAGUGGCAAAGCACAUCAGCAACAUAACAUUACGUGUGACGUUAGUACCGACCCCGUUUUUAUGAUUCUGGUAAGGAUAAGCAAAAGAAAGGAUUUCUCAGAAUUUCUCAUACAUGGGAUAUGAGAGAAACCUUUACGCAAGCAGAUAUAAAGGUGGUGUUAACUCAACACCAAUCCCAAAAGUUGACUCGAUUUAACCAGUAUCAUUUAAAUGCUUACCCCAUGCAAAUUGUUAUUAUGUUUCCAUAAAAGCUCGAUGUAUAAUAAAAACAUUAACAAUUUUUCAGUUCCGCCCAAAGUGAACCCAAAACUGAGGAAUCAGUCACUUUCAUUGAGCUCUGCGUUUGAUGUGAAAUGCAUUUUGGAUGGUGUCCCUCAUCCAAAGGUCAACUGGACAAAGAACGGAGCACCUCUCCAGAACAACAAGAAUACGUUAAGAAUCGUCAACGUGACAUUCAAAGACGCAGGACAAUAUGUUUGCAUUGCAGAAAGCAGGGCAGGAAAAAUAAACAUUUCCAUCUGGAUUGAUGUAACAGGUAAAAUUUUUUAGGGCUGUUUUUAGCGUUCAGCAAUUUUUCAUGGCUGCCACUGGCCGGGCUCACGCGUUAGCUACUGGCCAGACUACGUCGCUCACUAGUAAAAAAUGUAAAGCGAAUGCAAUGUAAAAAACGUGAUCGAUCUUGGGCAUGUCGUCAAAGAAAGAGGAAAACGAUAGAAGUAAUGAAAGCUUUUUUGGCAGAGAGAGCGUUCUUGCCACUUUAAGAGAUCGAAAAUCGUUUUUCUCGAAGUGUUACACAGGGAAUAUAGCGUCCUGGAAAUGGCGGUUAAAAGAAAGUGGUAUGGCCUGCUUCAGCCGGAUAUUGGCGUUGCCAGCGCUGGUUUGCGUGUAAAAGAAAUGCAAAAAGGUUGCUUAAUUUUUACUUUCUAUGCAAUGUGAUGGAGGAAGAAAACAAUAGAAAUGUGGUGGGGGUGAAGGAGGGAAGGUUGAGUAGUAAACCUAUAAAAAUGCGCGACAUUCUACCUUUUUCUCGGUCUACACUCUGCUCUUGAUCGAGAAGUUGACAUGAGUUGGUUCUGUUCCGUUUGCGAAAAAUCGUUAAGUAGGAAGGAUAGCAUACAAAGGCAUGUGAUGGCUAAACAACGCAAAGCUUGUCUCACCCCAUUUCAAACAGUUGCAAUGCCUUCAAAAAAAUGUCAGCGGUUUUGCUUCGAGCAUCCUUUCACCUGCACGGUUACCUGGGUUGACCAGGUCUGGAAAGACAGCCUGGGUUCGAUCUUUAUUACAGCAAGCUUCAGAUAGUUUGGUGUUAUUCACAAUGGCAACCUAGGUUCCAUGCUGCUGUCAUCUACGCAUUCAUAACCGUCACUCCCGCCGAGGAACGGUAUUCCAACAUCGAGAGAGAAUUGAUAGGAAUAGCUGUUCGCCAUGGGGAGGCUUCACAACUAUGUGUUUGGCGAACCAGUCAUAGAUCAAAGAGAACACUAACUUCUGGAGAUGAGUUGGAAGAAGAGUUUUGCCACUGCCAGUCUGAGACGUCAAUGCCUUCUUCUGAGGCUUGCCAGAUACGAACUUCAAGUGGAGAACAACUGUAGGAAGGACACACGCCCUAAGUUGAGUCAACCUUCUCAGUCCGAAGCCUAUGGACUCAAAGCAGGUAGAUGUGACUCACCUCACUUCAACCGUCCCAGCAACAGACAACCGCCUUGAACAGGAACAGAGUGACCAUCACUGCUGAUUCAGCUCUAAGCCAGUUACGACAUUAAAUCUUUAACGGUUGGCCACUUCAGAAACAGCAACUCUAAGGACGAGUGUAAUAUUACGUACUGUAAUUACCGGGAGGAGCUUUCUGUUGAACAUGGUGUGUUGUUCAAAGCCCAUCGACUUGUGAUUACAACCUUACUGAGAGCAGAGUAUCUAAAAGAUCUUCAAAUGGGCUACUUAGCAGGGGAAAAAACUCUGUUGAAAGCAUACCAGACAGUCUUUUGGUCCGGGAUCUCGGAUUAUGUAAGCAAUGCAGUUAAAUUAUGUGACGUAUGCCUGAAAUACAAGCCUGCUCAACAAAAGGAACCACUAAUACCGCAUGAUAAUACUUUAGCCAAAGCUAUCCUUAAUCGAAAGAUUUCAUUGAAGCCAUGGUUAAAGUCGUAAAGGGCAUUAUGGAGGAAGAAGAGUCGGGUUCUGAUCUUUCAAUACUGAUCUACGCGCGAGCCCAAUCCGACAAGAUCAACUUCUACUUCCUAUCUAUCAAAAUCUGCAUGCCAAUCUGCAGAUCAGCAGGGAGCCGCAGGUAGCACAUAAACAAGCCCAAGGUGAUCCUUACGAUCGGAAAGCCAGGAAACUGCAAGUUCUACAGCAAUUUCAGAGUGUCCGGUUCCAGUUAGAUCCCAAGAAACCAAUCCGGCAGAAAGCCACAGAUAUUUUCGUCCAGCGAUUAAGAACAAGCCACACGAAUAGGCCUUUUGCAUCUUGUCACUCACGUGGUACAAAACCGCCAUGCUGGAGAGCAAGUGACGCUCUGGGAGAAGACAAACAAAGAAAGUUACCAUUUUAAAUGACGUGUGCUCUUUGUUUGUCUUAUCCCAUUGCGUCUAUUGUUCUCCAGCGUGGCGGAUUUGUACUACGUGAAUUUCAAACUGCGAAGAGCCUAUAUACUGCUUUGCGACUACCGUAACCGGCGCCACUUAGACAAAGUUGACGAAUCCGGUUACAGGAAAAUAACAAUAUAUUCCAAGAAGGUUGGUUGUGGACCAAUCAGCAGCUUACAAAAGCAAUAAGUUACUCGAAGCACGAUAAUUUAAAUAUUGACACCAGGCGUUUUUCAAGAAAACAAAAUGUUUCAUCAGACAAUGUUUUUCUAUUCGAAACUUAAAGAUUCAUUCAUGCUUAGUGUGCGUAUAUAUAUAUAUAUAUAUAUAUAUAUAUAUAUAUAUAUAUGUUAUUCACCGGCUGGGAGGUUCGUAUUAGGAGAAACUGUGCCCGAGGUCUUGAGUACCGCCCGAGGCCGUAGGCCUAGGGCGAUACUCAGACCUAGGGCACAGUUUCUCCCAAUACGGACCGACCUUUGCCGGUGAAUAACAUCUUUAUUUUUCCCAACUGAGAUUUAAAAGUUUCAGGAAAAUUUUCCUUCACUCUCCAACCUAUGUGUGUUGAAGUAGGACGCGUUCGUGUUGAUGAAGCGCGCGAUCGAUUGCAAACCAAAACAAAACAUUACAACAUGAUUUUUAGCUCGGUAAUUUAUAUUAUGGCACUUACUGCUCUCUUUUAGAAUAAAGAAAGGUUUUUGUGUCUUGCUAGACAAUUCAUAAUCUGAGUGUCAAACAAGGAUAAAAGAAUUGACGAGCUUGAUAUUAAAAGCCCCAGGAAAAAAAUACAGCAAGGAUUUUCUUCGGCUGAAUAAUUCAAAAAUUGCUUUAAGAUUAGUUCAAUCGAGUGGGAUGAAAACUGCACAAAGGCUUUGUAAAAAUAGCUAAUUACAACCAAUUUUAAGGUUUUGAAUUGAAUUCGAAUAAAAGAAGGCGAUGUGAGUAACAAGUUAUAAACAAAGAAAUAAAAACGGCGAUAACCGACUGCUGGAAAAGUGAUUCGUGUUGUUGAUUGAACGUUAAAAGCAAUCAUUGACAACAACCUUUUCUUAUAAGUAGAAAACUAGGGAGGCAAAAUUUAAUGAAAAACGGAAGAAUCUAGAUUCAUACAACAAAAAUGGAAAACAAACCUAGAAACAGAGCAAAAAUGUCCAACAACGGAGCAUAAAAGCAAGAUUGCAAUAGUUACAGCGCGGUUAUAAAGCUAGUGAGCCACCUGUUUUGCUUUGCCUUAGCGGUUUUUCUGGCUGACUUGCUUGAUUCUUUUUGUCUGAAUAAUAAAAUUCACUCUUCCCCAACUAAUGCUAAUAAUAGUACAAGUUUUAAGAGAAAAAUGGUUUGAAAAUGACGGUUUUUGCUCAUUCACAAACAACAAACAAACUUGUGAAUGAAGCUGCCAACCAUUCCGCCCGGGUUAGAGGGCAAGAUCGUAAAAUACCGCCCGCUCUCGGAAUCAGUCAGAUUGCAGGAUUUGGAGGAUUCCGCCCACUCGCAAGCUUAGAAAAAAAUAAAUCAAGUUAUGAAUGCACGCCUGAAGUUUGGACAGCAAAAGAGAAGCGUAAGAGUUGCUCAAGACGCAGCCGAGAGCAACUCUAGCUUCUUGAGUGCUCUUCUAACUUACCGAGUGCAUCCAUAACUCGAUAUACUCACAGCUAAAGGCAUGGACCAAUUCUUUUAUAACAUAGCUGACAAACAUGGUUGCUUUUUUGAUUGAAUGCAAAUUCUCACGCAACGCGCUGCACAGAAAAAAAAACAAACGCUUAUAUUGGCCGGUUACAAACACGCCACAAUCGAUCGUCUAACUUGAGUGAUCAUUCAAUUUAUAAAAGAUGCGAGUGAAAUUUUGCUUAUUUAUUCGUUAACGAUCAAUGGAAACUGAACAGAAACAAAGGUAAAUGAUUAAAUGAUACCAAUGAAAUACGCUCUUGUGGACUCGAUAAAAGCUAAAAACUGUUUCAAAGACUGCCUGGGAAUGUGACUACUUUUUCUCUACUCUAAGUACAAUGGUAUUGUUUUACCAUUACAUGAGUCUUAAAGUACACCUUAAGUUAAAAUACUCAAAUGUUGGUAAGAGGGAGUGAAGUAUAAAUUUUUCCAUUAAUUAACUCGUUUUCAAAAGGAUAAAAAAACCUUUGAAAUGGUGGACACUUUGUAAUUGUAUAUUCCUUAACACAGACCAAUUUGCGUUCUUUUUCAGCCGAAUGCCAGUCUUAUCGUGAGAGUUUUCGGCUAUCUCCGGUGUACUACAAUUUAUUACCCACGAAAAACAAAGAGAACAAAACAUCCUUAACAAUGAACCUAACCCUGAACAUAGUCCGUAAAACAAAAACGAAUAAACUAUAAUUAUUACACCGACUUUUCCACCACUUUCGCUGUUGGUUUGAGUGGCGGCUACAAGGUCAGUUUCAAAAAUACUAGAAAUUUCUUUGUUAAGAAAAAGAGUUUCAUAGGCACCGCUGUAAACGCCAUCUUAUUUAAGCACCGGCGUGCAAAGCGACUUCUACGACUUAUAUAGGGCAAGCACGCGCUAUGUUGCAAUAGCCCACGUUCGAUAUAUUAUAAUUUUAACAUGACUCCGAGGCUUUCUGGUCAUGUUUCUAUUUUUGGUUUGGUUUUCUUUGUGCUCAGAUCUCUUUUGGGAAUUGCGAGACGAUAGAGUCUUGACAAAAGUGCCCUUUUGACCCUAAAGCCUCGGAUGUCAUGUUAGAAUUUUAAUAUAUCGAACGUGGGCCGUUUAUAUAAUUUAUAUUACCCAGGAGACAUAUUAAUUUGACACGAGCUGUUAUUUUGUCAUCUACCAGCAAUUUCUUCGCUACCAUUUGCCAAUAAAGUCCAAAAUUUAACUUACGUUUACGUUUUUUUUGCCUGUGUUGUUCACUCUAACAGACCUCGCAGGGACCAUGUUGUUUAAUUCGAUUAUGAUCAACAACUAACUUUUUCGGAAUGUAUUGUUAUUUUCCUGUAAUCCAAAUAGUUAACUUUGUCUUGGUGGCUCCUGUUAUAGUAGUCGCACGGUAAAGCACGCUCCAGUUAUUCCCGUAACCACCAAGACCUGGACUAGUCAAACAUCCUCAGCUCAACAGCAGAUUAUGUCACCGAUCAGCCAUCACAACAGCUAUUGCCAAAACAGUGUGUAUCAGAAUAGUCUCCGGUCGGCAUUGCGUUGUGAUUAAACAAAUUUAGAGACACUAUGACAAUUUAGAGAAAUGGACUUGUAGUGUGUUGUAUAAGUAAUUGUAUUUGUAAUAGCCUUUCAUGACGAGAAUGUCAAUAGUUUGUGUGUGUGUGUGUGUGUGUGUGUGUGUGUGUGUGUGUGUGUGUGUGUGUGUGUGUGUGUGUGAUGUGUGUGUGUGUGUGGUGGGUGUGUGUGUGUGUGACAAGUUCUCGGAUCAUGGACAGUUUAAAAGCGUUUCAACUGUUGCGCAUAGAAGAGUUCCAGCUUUAGAAUACAGGGUAUAGGGAUUGUGUGCUAAGUUUUCUAGUCAACAUGUCACCAUCUUUAAAAGAGGGGGAUGUUGCAAUACGACAACACAUAUUCAAUUAGCGUGUCGACGAUUGUUAUUCCUAAAACGAACAUUCUUUGUUCACAUUAUAAUUAGCUUUAGUUCGUGCUGAAAUUAUUAUUGAUAGCGCAGUGUAACUUUGUAGUCAAAACCAUUUGGACGCUAAAUAAACUUUGCUAAUUAUAAAAUUGUCUUGACAGUAUAUUUCUUCAUGCUGGAAACGGAAAACACACGAGGAAAUAGAACCUUAAUAAGGAUAAGGACAGUCAAAAUGAUAAUAGUAAUAAUAAUAAUGAUAAUAACAAUGAUAAUGAUAAAGAGUAAAUAAAGGACAAUAGACAAAAACAGGAUAAAUUAAGAAUUUAUUUAUUGCUAUUAAAUUGUCCGUCAUCCUUGUAUAGCUAUAGUAGGGAGUUUAAGCAAAUCGCUACGGCGACCUCUACUACGGCGGCCGGAAGUAAAAAAGCCCCGAAAUGACGCAGUGCGCAUGCUUGGAAAUGACCUUUCGCCGUAGCGCCAAAUCCUACGACCUGAAGAGCUGUCUUCUGGCGUAGUCGCUACUACGUGAGUAUAAAAGUCGAAUCUUCUCCUAUUUUUUUACGAUCACUAGUUUUAAAAGCUAUCAUAGAUUGUUUUUCACUUUAUCAAGAAAGUAUUCGAGGCUUCUGGUUUUCCAGUGAAUACAUUUUCCUUGCGUUUUCUCAGUUUGAGAUUUCGAUCCUCAAGCGAGUGUGCUAUGAGUUCUGCCGCGCCAUGGCCGCAGAAAAUCCGCCAGUACAAACAAAGGCUAGACGAAAACCGUAAGCACGACUGUUAGCAAUAAAGCUAAAUGUCACUGAAGGUUGUUUAAACAAGAAUAGAAUACAAUAUCUAAAACGCUGAAUUUGUUGAUUUGUUGUUAAGUGCGGUACACAAGAAGAAACAUCACUAGCAGCUUACUCCGAUCUUCAUCUGUAGUUUUCUGUUUCUUGUACCAAUCGCCGUCUGAUGAUGUUUACUUUCAAUAUUCUUCUUGGCAAACGAAAUUUUUAAACUGGCCGUUUUCUUACUUGACCAACAUUGAAUUCUGUUGUUGAUAAAUUAUAGCGAAAGCAAGUGAGCAAGAACCGAGCUUGAAAUUUGGCGAGCUACGAGACGUACUCUCGCCAGGACACCGCAUCCACGACCGCCGUAGUAGAGGUCGCCUUAGCGAUUUGCUUAAACUCCCUAGUUUUUUGGAGGGAUACGGCGUAUAAGAUACUUUUCCGUCAUGUUGGAUACUAUAUAUAUUCUAAAUGAUAAACGUCUGUUUGUAGAGUGCACAGAAAUACAACAAACAUAUCUUUUGGGUAUUAAGCCUCUUCAAAAGACGUCACCAAAAGGCUGGUGUACAUAUCCAUCAAUUUGACACAUUGCUGUCAAAAUUUUCAAACAAUUUGAUAACAUUCUUACGGAUUAUUAAUUUUAGUUCUUAUGUGCGUAUAAAAUCCUAUAUAAGUUGUAAUUCAUAGCUAUUUUUUAAGUAUCUUUGUCCUGAUUGUUAAAGGUUUUUAUUCAUUUAAAAUAGAAUCUCCUCAAGCUGUUGUGUCUCCUUCAAAUCAGACUAUUCCUGAAGGAAAACCAGCGAACAUUAGCUGUAAAGCUACCGGUUUUCCAAAGCCGACAUUAAGGUGGACCUUUAGUGAGGAUAGAGAUCUUCCUCAAGGUGCAGUUGUGGAAUACAACGAAAGCAGAUCACUCCUUAAGUUGAAAAAUGUUUCAAAACUCAUGGCAGGAACAUACAAGUGUACAGCCAAAAACAAAGCCAAUUCGACAACUGCGACUGCAACUCUUCGUGUAUUGGGUAUGCCUUGGUUUUACACUGAUUACAUUGAUCCAUAUAUUGAUAUAUAUAUUUUUUCAUUUUUAUGGAAAAUACACUUAUCCCCUUAAUCAACACAGUACUGAGUCACUUUCAUAAUUAGGAUAUGACUUUUAUGAACCACGUAGAUUCUUACCGAACUAUAGUGCUUUCACUCACGUGGCCAGCAUAUAUGCAAAUUUAUUGUGACAAAAGAAAGCGUUUGCAUAAGAAAAGAGUUCAACUCCCAGGGGACAGGUUUAGGACACCAACAUGGCCGCCGUUUCAUUGUUUUGGGACACCAAUAUGGCCGCCGUAACGUCAUGUGAAAACACUCUAUAUCUGUGUUGAGCUACACUGUGUUAAAUUAUGUUGCUGGGGACUUUUUUUUUGGAAGCUAUGCUACUAAGGCAUAGACAUAUUUCACAACGCUGAAAAGGAUAUCCAGGUACAACAAGUAGUCGAAGUAGUGGUGCAUGGGGGUUUUUGUCCGGUUUGAGGAUGAGGAAGGACGAGUAAAAUUGUGGCUCAUGAAUAAAAUGCGUGAGAAACUUGUUUAAUGUAUGCUAAACAUGUUCAGGCAAGUAGUAGUUUUGACGUCACGACACCAUAAGGAGGCGUGUCGAUGUCCAUUUGACAGUCUAGUAAGCCCUUUGUUCUUUGAACAUAAAGGCCCCCAUAAGUCAAACUGGUCAUUUUUAAGGGAAAUUUUCGUAAAAGAAGGUACGAGUUCCUUAGGAUUUCAUCCACAACGUACAUCAUUUUCUUUUACAAUGGCUUUGACCAAUCAUUCCGAUAUUAAAGAACAUUUAUUUCCUGCCGCUUUCAUUGUCUACCAGUUGUUAAAUUUCCGGAUAACUGAUUCUUGGCGCCAAAUUAUGCAUAGUGACGAGUGGACAACAUAACCAAUUCUACAUAAAUUGGAAAAAAAACUAUUUAUUUCAACCUUCAUUACAUUACAACUCCACUAAAAAAAUCAAUCAUCUUCUUCGCCCAUUGAGCACUUAAAAAGGUUUGAUUCGAAAUUUCUUAUGCCGAGUCCGUUUCUUGUGUUUGUCAUGAGCACCAUUGACGAAUCAUCCAAAUAUGAUUUAAAAAGAGUAAACUGCACAAAGAUUCGAGGCUUGUAGCAAACACGCAUUCAAAGCACGAUUGUGCCAAUCAUAUUCACUUCAUUAGACUGCUUGAUUCAAAGAAAGGACUUGCCAUCGAUAAGCGCAAAUUCUUGCUCAAUCGACUGUUUGUGACACAAUCCAUUCCUAACGACGAAGACUGACUUGCUCUUAAAUGUUAUACUGUUUUUUUGUUCUCAUUAAAAGCUGUAUUCCUGCAACAUAUGUAGUGUCUCGUCCUGAAUUCAAUUGUACUAAGCUAUUGAUUAAAGUCUUUUCACGCCUCCUUAUGGUGUCGUGACGUCAUUACUAGUACUUGCCUGAACAUGUUUAGCAUAAGUUAAACAAGUUUCCCGUGAAUUCUAUUCAUGAGCCACAAUUUUACUCGUCCUUCCACGUCCUCAAACCGGACCAAAACCCCCGUGCACCACUACUAGUCAAACAUAUUGAUGGCAUUUUUUUCUAUCGCAUUAUAAUCAUUUCUUUACCCAAAAUGUUAGAGCUGUGAUCCUUUCCACAGUUCGUAGAUAAUUCUUUAAUCUUUGAAAUAUAUAAUUCGACUGAAUAUUUUUGGUAAAUUUUGAUGGACAUGUGCUGUAGCCUUUUGUUGAAACAAUUCCAAGCUCUUCUUUUUAUGAAUGAAGUUGCUUUAAUUAAGCUGUUUUAUGUAUCAUUGUCUUGAAAAACGUGAAAAUUAUUUUACUCAGGGAGUGCAAGUCAAGUAACCUAAACAAUAUGCACGUUUUCCGUACAAUUCCUUAGUCGGUGUCAAUAAUUUUUUUUUAAAUUUAAAGGGUAUUUCCUUUACUGCUUUACGAUUCUCUUCUGAUAUUAGGAAAACCUACAGCUGUAAUAGUCGAAAGUUCAUAUCCCACAAUUCUAGCCGGUGAAGACAUUAAGUUAACUUGUAAAGUCAGUGGUUUAAAAGUGGAAGUCAACUGGAAGAAAAACGGCCUCCCAGUACCUAAAAACGAAAAAGUUCGCGUCAGUAGCAUUGGUGACUCAAGUACUCUUGUCAUUAGCAACGUUGGGAGUGACGACAGUGGCGACUAUUCUUGCGAAGCACGCAAUCCAGCUGGCUACAGUUCCUCAACUGUCAAGAUCAGAGUUACGGGUAGAGUAAUUUUAUUUUCUUAAAAAAAAAUAGUUAAAGAAAAUAUGGGCGCAACAAGGGCACUAAACACUUAAUCCUGUAUUAAGCAAUCAUCCUCAGGAAUAAUAAUGAUAGGAGAUUAAAAAAGUAGUGUGAGCUACAUACAAAAUUUUGUUAUUAAAUAUUCCAAAAAUUUAACUUCAAUAUAGAUAAGCAUGUAUCUGACGAUAUACAUGACAUUAUUUUGGGCAAAAACACUGAAGAGCAGAAGAGUACAAAUAGUUGACGUUCGUUCAGAUACCUUGGCUCAGUGAUUUAUUAGUCAUGGUCAGGGCCUUUCUGAACAGGGGAGUCCGAAUUAACGGAAAACGAGUUUUGUUGGUCUUGAGUUCGUUGUGAGUCAGUCUGAGGGUUAGAAACAAUAUUUCUUGGACUUGACUGCAAUGUAAGAUGGCUAGAUGAACAGCCUUGUUAUGUGAACGGCUGCUACGGUUGCAAACCAGGUCGCAUUCACGAUCGUAUAUCCAAUCGAUAUGGUGGGCUUUCUUUGACUUUAAGCUACUUUACGUAACAUGUUUCAUGAGAUUUUUGAAGAAUCGCACUUUUACCCAGUUAGGUGACAGUUAAACAGCGAAAAAAAGGGAAAUAAGAACAUUACCCGAUUGGGAAGUCUACAGUUUGAUAGUGUGAGAUGCUAAUAGAUGGCUGCUUAAUAAAGGGUUGUCUGUAAAGCGUAAAGUGAAGAAGACUUACACAGUUGUCAGAUGUUAAAGAUUAAAACAAUAACAAUAACAAUAACAUUUAUUAUUUGUAUUGAGCCUUUUCUAUAAAAUAUUCAAAAGCGCAUCUCAACAGUAAUUAAUAACUAAAAAUUUUACAAAUCAUUCUAUAAAAAUCAUAAAAAAUAUUUACAUAAAAUGAGUAAAAGAUAAUUACAAAUAGAGAUAUAGAUAAACUAAGAUAACUAAAAUGAUUCCUUAAAUAAAAAUGUCUUAAUUAAAGUCUUGAAAGAUUCUAAGUUCUUUGCUUCGCGCGCGGACCUUGGCAGCUUAUUCCACAGGAAAGGAGCAGCUACCUUGAAAGCUCUGUCUCCCAAUGUUUUCUUUGUUUUCACACUUGGUCUUUCCAACAAACGACCAUUGUCGUUGCGCCUCAAAUCACGGUAGGACGUAGGCUGUUGAAUACUAAUUAAAUCUGAAAGGUACUUAGGUGAUAGGCCAUGCAAAAUUUUAAAAGUUAUCAAGAGUAUCUUACAAUGUAUCCUGGAGAGCACAAAUGUAAUUCUGCGAGUAGAGGUGUUAUAUGACAGAACUUGUGGGCACGAUAAAUAAGUCUUGCACUCGCAUUCAUAACACGUUGCAAAAACCUGUUUUAUCAAAUACCAGAGUUAACAUUUUGCCACUCUUACAUGCCAAUCCCUUACUUUUUCCACAGCUAUUUCGAGCCAUUCGUCACUGCAGUGGUAUUAUAUUGUUGGCCCCAUUUCUGCCGUCAUAUUUUUUGCACUGUUCAUCUGGUACAUGUGCAAGAGACGACUGGAAGGUGCGACUAUAAACUAUGUCCUCUAAAUAGUCACCAUAGCAACAGGCAAAGUUCCCGUGAGGGCCUUUAUUUCCACUUAUAAAGACGCCACAUUUUGCUCAUCGUCUUCUCAACCCUACUCAGAGCAGGGGGAGAGCGUUUGUGGCCUCCCCUUAAGUUAAAGUUGAAUAACUUCUCAACCGUUCAAAGUAUGACCGCCAAUCUCAAGGAAUUUCCUAAAAAUUAUCUGCGAUCAUGUUAGAGUCGCGGAAACGAGUACGUCAACAUGACGUUACCAUGUUAAGCAAAGUUUAACCGUUAUGUUUUUUAAAAAAUUUGCAUUAUUACUAUAAAAAUUGUUGUUUUCUAUGUUAAAUUAUUGAACUAUUAUGUUGCACUUAAGGUGGCUGAACACAGUUUUGGCAGUUUGUGAGUGUAUGUUAUUUGCCAAAUCAUGGCAAGAGAAAGGUUGCAGCUCACAAACUGAAACCUGCAGGUGAAAAAUAUACUAAUGAAAGAUUUUGAUUGACAGGUAAAAUUUGACGUUUUCGUAGUUUCCAUGGCAACAUGAACGAUUGAAUACAACCUUAAAAUUUCACUUUGUUCAGUUUACAUAAAAUUCGCUCAUUAGAUUUUCUUAUAAACUUGCACACAUCUUACUGUAACUAAUCAUUACCAUUUGAGACUUAUUUGAUCAAAUUUUAACAGAAGGACUUUUAGAUAAUCAAUAAUAUAAUUGUAUUGUAAUUAUUAAAUGUGUCACGAAAUUCGUCUGUUCAACUUCCAUUUUAAAGUUUUCAUUAUCUAAAAUACGAUAAAAGUAAAAAUUCUGCCAAAUAUCACAAAAUUUUAAUGAGUAGAUUUUGAGAAAUCGUCGUCUGUGUACCAUUGCUUUUUCGCCGCCAUGUUUGUUUGUCUAAAUAAAAACACGCGCGGUCACGCGAAUUACCGCUGACCGUCCGUAAAACUGUGUUCAGCCACCUUAAUUCAGGAGAAAUUUUUAUGCGCGCUCUCGUAAUUCGCUCGCUCACUCAAAUAUUCCUAAUCGAAAUAAAGGACUACUCUUGGUUUAAUAGUUUUUGCUACUAGUUUUCAACUUACUUAUAGACUGUCAUUGUUGCAAAUAUCUAAUUGUUAUUAUUUUUGUCAGUUUGCACGGUUUUCUUGGUCUUCCAACCCUUUCAUUUCCUGGUACCAGGUGACCUUCCGUCGCCAUAGCAUUGUUAUUAGUAUUGCUUUGCCCUUUUAAACAUAUUUAAAAAACCGCUAUAUUAACUAGUUAUUUUUUUGUCUUCGUUUCUUCUUCAUGGGGAACAGCCAAGGCCAAGUAAGUGUCAUAAAAUAUUUAAAUCCUGCAUUACAUCUUUUUGAGGCGCCAAGUAAAUACGUUGAUCCGCUGUAAGCAGGAGGUUCGUUUUGUCUUCUUUACCGAGGAGUAAAAGAGGCUCUGCCCAAAUCGCUUCAAGCUUUUGGGGCCGCCGCAGCCCAAACUUCUGCGGUAGUCAUCUCUUUUUCUUUUUUCAAACAAUUUUCCAAGUACGAGCAUCUGUUUAAUGUUAAACCGAGUUUGCUGUAGCAAACGCACGGCUAUUAGGCCUGGGUUCAAAUAUAUUAGCAACAUGCGCGCAUGCUCAACAAAGAUCUUACUCGAUUCAAGCACAGUCUCUCUCGAGUACACCAAAAUCGAGCAAGCGAAAGAAGGGUUUUGCUGGCAGGGUGAUACAUUGAUGGAUACGAUUAAACUAACGCUUUCAAAACUGAAGAAAAGCAGCGAAAAAUUAUAUAUCUAAAUUGAUAGUAGAGUAAUUACAAGUAAUUAAAAUCUCUAUACAGGGAGUCGCCAUCACCCAUGGGUGGUUUUCAGACGAGACCUGUCACUAAAUUAAAACAAUACUAAACAAUAAAACACCAAUGUACGUAAAAUAGACAAUAAAAGGUACAAAGUCUCAUUGUUCCUGUCAUUAUACUACUACAUGAGAAAUUUCUGCAAUUUUAUUGGCUUAGAGCUGUGGUAUUUAAGCUUAAUUUGAAAUACCUACAUGUGAAAAUUACAAACCAUUUGCGGGUAGUAGUAUAAACAAAUAAUAGCAUGAUUUGUGCGUGAUAUUUGGCGUAAAUACCACUCGUGAUAUUUCAAAAUUGUCUCAAAUUUCACUCGCCUAACGGCUCGUGAAAUUACGUAUAACAACUUUGAAAUAUCACUCGUGGUAUUUAUGCCAAAUAUCACAACAAAUCAUGCUAUUACCUAUACAAAUUAUGCUUAAAGAUGUAAAACUGGCAUGACCCGUUUGGUAAUUGUGGACUAAAGACCUACUGUUAAAAUGAUAAAAAAAAUUGAUCCCGGUUCACGUUCUUCCUGUCGUAUUGUUUUAGUUUGUCUGCUUUCUUGUUUUUUUCUUUGUUUUUCCCCUGUGAUGUUUAGUUAUAUAUUUCUUUUCUUUUUUGCUUGUAACGCUUCCGUGUUGAAGUCGUCUUGCAUAAUUAUACACAAUCCAAGUUCUCUUAGUAAUAGCUUUUUGCCACCUAUUCACCUUUGCAGUCUCGCUGAUGAACAUCCGGGACUUGAACUGGAGGAGUUGGUUCACGAGGUGGAUGAAUGGGAGGUUGCACGUGACCGUAUAAAGCUAGAAAAUAUGAUUGGUUCUGGGGCAUUUGGAGCAGUCUGGAAAGCAACUUUGAAACAAUCAGACAAAAGACAUGGAGCACAGACUGUGGCAGCAAAACACUUCACACGUGAGCCAGUUCAACAUAUUACACUAGACACCUUUAUCUUUGAAUGUGAGCACGACUAUGCCUUAGAUAAUCGCUAUUGUGGCUGGCCCUUAGUGUCAUGUGGCGUGUUUAAGAACCAAAGCUGACUGAAUUUGCUCUCAUCACUUCUGUUGUAGCGACUGCCGGAGAAGAAGGAAGAAAAGCUCUUAUGAAGGAGAUUGAGCUGGGAAAAAGUCUAGCAGAAAGUCCACAUAUUAACGUUGUCAAAUUCAUCGGCUGCGUUACGACACAAAGUAAAAAUCCUCAUUCAUCAUUCUUUUCCACACGAUAUUUAGUCUUGUUUUUCUUCUUCCUUUUCAUUUAACAUACUAUAGCGACAAUGGAAUAUUCACUGAUUUGGAUUGUCUCUUUACAGUUCACCCAAUAAUGAUCAUGGAGUACAUGGCAUAUGGAGACUUGCUGGGUUAUUUGAGAAAGAGUCGCGGAAUUCACGACCAAUAUCAUCAUGGAGAGGGUGAGGCUUUUGAGCUGCAGCCAUAUGACCUGGUCUUAUUUGCGAAGCACAUUGCUACUGGAAUGGUGUAUCUUGGAAGCAGAGGGGUAUGUGAACAAUUAUAAAAUGUAGAAUUUGCUGUUACUUGCUCUUUGCUUCAUUUCUCCGCUGCAGAUUUAGUUGUCGAUACCAACUCAAGACAAAUUCCAUUUAAUAAAACGUUAGGAGCGGCUUUUGUUGAGCGGUUUUAGUCCUCCACUGUACCUGGGCGAGAAGGAAUGCAUUACAUAUUAAAAUCAGGUCAUGACAUAAGACCACUUGCAAGAAAGCAGUAACUCUAUAAUAUAAUGCUGUAAUAUUACCUCUUCAAAAAAUUUGAAUUAGACAGCUAUAUACUUUUCUGGGUGCGGUAAGCGAGCGAUUGGCCCAGCGAUUUGCUUCUUCCAUCGCUAUAGUAUCGUUGGUUCGAAAAGCACCGCUUCCAUAAUGUGGGAUCGUAAAGCGAUCGAUAUCUCUCCGAUUUAAGUGUCAUUAUAUACAACACUUUCUGAGAGCCAUGUUUUUUACCGUGCAAAAUCAUGAUUUCCGUGCGCAACCUACAGUUUAGCCAGAUAUUUGCUAGUAGAUAACAAACUAAUCUGUAGCUUGUGCUGAUUUGCAAAAUUAACUUUAUAGCUCUUAGACAGUUGUUGGCAUCGAACUGUCUCUUGAAAAAAUGGAAUCAGCGCCAAGGUUUAGUCAGCGGUUGAGUUGCAGCAUCCGCUGUGGCUGAGCAGUCCGAUUCUGAAUCGGAAGGCUCUGUUGCAGUUGUUGCAGAUGAUCUCCGUACUUGGCUCUGUGGAUGCUCUGUCCUCCCAUCCUACUGCUCUUUUCUCCUCUCCUCACACGCCUGCCUUUUCAGCAAGCCUCCAGUGAUUUCGUUCUGCAGUUAUAGCUUCCCAAUGUGUAGGGUUAAUAUUGCUUGCCUUCGGAUCUCGUUUACAAAACAACUUUGAAGCGAAGGCUAGGCCUUCCUACCGGUCUAGUUCCAGUGGUAAGCUUGCUGUACAGUAUGUCCUUACGAAUUCGUCCGUCCUUCAUGCGGCUUACAUGGCCAAGCCAGCCUACUCUUCUCUGAUUGAGCAAGGUGAACAUGCUAGGUAAUCCAGCCUUGUGCUAAAUCCUUGUUUGGGACACAGUCUUGCAAGGUGAUGCCUAAAAUCCUUCUGAGGCAGCGCAGGUGGAAAGUGUUGAGUCUGCUUUCUUGGCAGGAGUAGAGGAUCCAGGUCUUGCUACUAUAGAGUAGCGUGCUCAGCACGCAGGCCUGGUAUACUUUCAUCUUGUUGCUAAUGGUCAACAUGGUGUUGUCCCAGAUCCUCUUUGUUCAGUUCAGUGUCUAGGGAGAGGUUGCUGGAGAUGAUGGAACCUAGGUAACUGAAGUCCUCCACCGUCUUGAGACUGUAGUCGCCGAUGGAGAUGCUUGGGGUGCUGCUGACUUCUUGGCCAGGGAUUUUGAUCUUCUUGAGACGGAUGGUGAUACCAAACUAACUACAAGCGUGUGCAAAGAAGCUGAUGAAGUAGCUGUGUGCGGUUAAGACAGCAUCUCUCUUAUCAGUACUUCCGAACCUUAGUGUUUGCUCGGAGACGUGAAAGGUUUCCAUCGCUUCUGGUGUGAAGGUACACACCAUUUAUUUUUUCUGGCUGAAGGCGUAAGACAGCAGUAGGAAGAAAAACAUGACGAAGCGUGUGAAAGCGGGUACACAGCCCUGUUUCACUCAGCUCUUGAUUGGGAAGGGGGUCUGAGGUUGAGCCGACGAAAGACGUGAUCAUCCUUAGGAGCUUUGGGGGGGGGCAUCCCAUCGUCUGCAGGAGAGUGAAGAGACCCUUCCUGAUGACUAGAUUAAAGGCCUUGGUCAAGUCGAUAAAGGCAAUAUAUCUUGGACAGUGAUAAGACAGAUGAGUGCAAUGUAUGUCGUACGCGACCGCCUAUUUAAAUUAAAGCACCGUCAACGCCUUUCAGUUCGAACCUCUCAUAAACUACCACUUUUUGUAAGUGACCACUUGACGCAUGGUCUGAUGUGUAUGUUAGCUGUACGUUCCUUGAUGCGUAGGGUAUAAGAAGAGCUAUUAGAAACAAAAUAGAAAUACAUAUUUUGCGAAAUAGAAAUUGCUUCCAAUGAAUUAUUUUAAGACGUGUCCGGAACUCAUCUUGGAAGAGACCCCGUGUAGUUCGAUUCUUGUAAACGACCAUUUCCCAUAGCGACCACUAAGUCCUCGCUUUUUGGGUGGUCGCUUACUAAAGAUUAAAAUAUAAUAGAAAAGUAUUGGUCCCUUCGUGAAGGGACUGUACAAGGUUAAGAUUUUAGUGCUGAGACUGUCGGUUUUCAGACUAUCAGAUACAUUCCCAAACAAACGCCCUCCAUACUCCCAUCUUUAGAGACUAAGAAUGAUUGAAAAGAAGUGAUCAAAUUUGUUUCUGUUAGUUAGGACCAUUUAACAUGUCUUUAUUUCUAGAUAAUUCACCGUGAUUUGGCGGCAAGGAACGUCCUUCUUGAUCAAAACUUUGUUUGCAAGGUUACUGACUUUGGGUUAUCAUAUCAAAGCUUCAAGUAUGGCCACGGCAAUGCAAAAAAGGUACGCCACUUUAACUUAUCAAACUCUAGCGCUUUGUUAAACGCUAAAUUAAUUAUUCUGAUGGAUUUAUUGACAAAGUUGACGGAAACAGAAGCGUUCGCUGUAGUAUAAUCCGAAUUCAGUUAAAGGGACAGUUUUGUAGCUUUGUAUUUUAGUAGACUAAGAGGAGCCCCUUAUUUUUAAGUCCCUCGAGAAAAACAUGCGCCAGUAAUGUUGAAGGAAAGAUUAAGAGUCUCUUUCCAGUCCAACAGUUAGUAGUCUCAAUGGAAAGUAAACCGCCACUUUAACUAUUAAGUUAGAAUUCGUGGUUGACAGAUCCGUUAUUGACGAUCUUUAAUCUUAGAGAAAAGGAAAUUCUUUUUGAUCAUCCUUUAACACUAUAUUUACACUGUUUCCCUUAUUAUUGUUGAUCCAUGGUGAGUUCACAUAAAUUAAUUUUGAUAAUUUUCAAUAGAUAAAACAACUUGCAAAAUCCAACUUCUGAAUAACCUAACUUCAAUUAACGAUUGUCGUUUGUAUCUAAAAUUAGAACAGAAAGUACAAUUUCAGCCCAGCUAGAUAAUGCUAGUAGACCUAUGUAAAACAGCAGCAUAUGUGAAUGUUAAUUUCUUGUCUCAUUGUUGUCAUAGGGUUGCAUCCCUGUUAAGUGGACGGCACCCGAGAUUCUUUACGGAAAUCCUGCAGACCUUUCCACCAAAAGUGACGUGUAUGUUUCAACACAAAUGAGUUAAUCUGAAAACAAUUACAGCAAAAUGCCUAACAGAAUAAAAUUAUAGCACUGUUAGUAAUGACGGAAGACAGGGCAGGUGCUGAAUAUGAUAAACUCUCUCUUUUCUUACUUACUGCGUCCUUUAUAAUUUACCUUCGAAAUUCCCUUUGCGUCCACCUAUCCAAGUAAGAAAAUCAGUUUUCUCACCCAAGUCUUGUCGGUUUGGGUAGUUGCUUAAGGACGGCUUUUUUUGACCGCUGUGCAAACCGACGGCGAGUUAAAACUGCGUAUUAAUAUGGUCAUUCUCAAGAUCUAUUACUGCUGCCAAAAAUCUGAUAUGUAUUUUUUCGUUGAAAGGUAACAGCGUACAUUGAAAGGAUUAUUUCUCCAAAAAGGAUUUCUUUCAAGCAUCAGAAAAGCAUAAGUCAUUAAUUAGUGUUUCAUAGCUGAACAACUCAGAAAAUGGUAGUUUACGGAACAACACAAAAUAUCAAGCAACAAGCAUUCUUUCUAAUUAUGUUUUCGUUUGGUGGCAGGUGGUCAUAUGGAGUCGUUCUGUACGAGAUAUUCACCAUUGGUAGGUGAUAUAUGAAAACUUUUUCGUUUAAAAACAAAGAUUCUCACCUUUCUAACUUUUUGCACAAAAAUUUGUAGAAAAUUAAAUUGUAAAGAUCGCUCUAGAGAGUAUGAGAGUAUGGCGAGUUAAUCACUCGCCACCGUAAUCGUAUUCCUGAAGUUACCUUCUGAGCAGGAACUAAUAAAAGUUAAAGCGUAAAAUGUGAUAGUUUCACUCGCACCGCAGCUAAAAGUCCCUUUUGUGGUCUCUGAGACAGAGAGAGAAUUCUGAGGGGACAGAUAUUAUUUAAGUAAUUGUGGAUCCCAAAAAUAUUUAGAUGCAAUACAUGAAAAUCAUUAGUCUAAAGCGAACUAAUACAGUCUAACCUUUCCGUACUGACCUCCGCAAUAAAGGCGACAUGUCCUUAAGGUGUUUCGUUACAGUUUUUCAGAGACCAUGGCCCGGUUGCAUAAAACGCCCGUAACAGUUACGGGUAUACGUACGUGUACUCGUAACUUAAGUGAGUUGCGUUAAAUUACUUACGUGGUCCACUUAGGGAUUUCACUUAAGUGACUGCACUUACGAUUUUCGUAAGUAUCCACUUAAGUGUCAUUUAUGCAACAGAAAUCGCGGGUGUUGCAUAAAACUUUUUUUACGGGAAAAAUAGCACGUAAAUUUAAAGCCGUCCUUCAGAAAAAAAGUAGAACAUACAACAAACAUUAUCAGUAAAUAUUCUGGUAAAAUAACGAUGGCAUGCAAACGUAUUUCAACGAAAGUCAACGGACUUGAUGCGUUGCACUCAUAGGAUAUUAAAAUGUCAAUCUUCUUUGCUAAAUGAUUUGAAAUUAUUUAAAAACUGUCAUCAGCUUCAAUAGAUUAUAAGGACUGUGAAAAAAAAAACAAAACAAAACAAAAACAAAAACGAACGAGCAAAUUCCUAACGAAUUUUUCGACCCUCUUCAGUUUCAUUAAUGUCGUCUUGGUACCCUUCAUCAGCAUUGCUGCUGUCGCCCGUAGCUUCUUCUUCAUCAUCGUUUAGAAAAACAUUUCUACAUUUCUAGGAUGUCAAUGAAACGGAAUUCUGAGGAUGAACAAGGCUCUAACCCCAGAAAAAGAGCGCAGAAUUUUAAGACGGAUAAAAUCACAAUUUUUUUCUCCAUGAGGUAAAAAGGAGAAAGAUGACUCUAUUCGGUACAUUACAUUACUGACAUUUAUAUUGAAAAUGCAAACAUGGUUGGAGGUUCACACAGCUAGUAUAGCCGCCGGGUUCCCACCAAGAACCAAGGAACAACUUAAAAAGAAAUGGGAGGACUUGUCGUCAGCCACUAAAGCCAAAUACGCCAAACGAAAGAAGACUGGGGUACAGGUGCAAUAGAGUGGACUGAUGGUGACGAGCUAAUCACCGAGAUACUCGGAAAAGAAAAUCCCUACCACGUAUCUAUAGUUGGUGGAAUAGACUCUGGGGAUAAUAUCGAAGCCAGAGAACACACCCUUGAUGCUUCAAGUGGCGCCAUUGAGAAACACAACCUAUCGUCAACUUCAUCGUACCUUCCAGUAGGCCCAGAUAGGGUGGUUGAAUGAGAAAGUGGCUAGAGAACUUCGGAGAAGGAGUAAGAAGAAAGCCGUUUAAGGGAAGAACAAACAAAAUAACCAAACUGUACCUGAUUCCGACUCUGUUAGGGAACAAGUACAUAGAGAAGGGAACAUUAAGAAGAUAUAUGAAGAGCAUUUAAAAGAAGAGCAUGAUGUCAAAAUGAGAAUUCUGAAAAAGAAGGAAAAGCGGCUUGAUCUUAAGUUGCAGUUGUUUAGACGAAAACUGAACAUUAACAAGUAGUUUAGAACCUGUGCAGAUAUUACAUUAAUAAACUAUUUUUUAUCAUGUCGAAACUUCUCGGUCAAAUAACUUUUUUUUGGUUAAAUAAUGACACACUUUUUUCUGUCUAUAUAAAACGUUAUCUCAACCGGCUGAAUUUCCCUAAUCAUCUAACAGAGGCUCAAGAGUGUUCGAAACGACCAGCUAAUUUCUUUACACCCAUCGAUGGUUAGCUUAAAAAAAAAUAGAUUGGGUCACUAAUAAAGUACUAUAUCAAAGUUACCUGUGCCCUUGAGUGAGCCCGUAAGCUACCACGUAAAACAGAAACUUACGACAGUGCUAAGUGCGUUCCAUGCAACACCCGUAAGAGUCCCCAUAAGGGAUUCGUAAGUGACCUACUUAAGUGAGCACUUAAGUGCAGGUUUUAUGCAACCGGGCCCAUACCGAUAUUUUUCAAUCGCCUAAAAAGUGUUUUUUCCUUGUCCGAUCGGUAUAAAAUUUUCACUAGUAAUUGGCUAUGGAUUGAAAUUUGUAAAAAGGUAGUUUUAAGUAAAAUCGAAAUUACUAUGACAACAAUAAACAAAAAAAAUUUGAAAUUGAUAAAAGCCGAAUUUUGGAUGAUCUAGACCAGCUUCUGAAAAUCCAACACUAGGAACGUACAGUUUGGUGUUAAGCAAACAAUCUCCGUAAGAAAUGAAAAAUUCAAACCUCUUUUACGAACCUGUCAAAAAUCAGCGUUACAACAUUCACUGUUUAGACGUUAUGCUAACUUUUCCAAAAUAAUGCGCACUAUACAUACCUCCAUGACUAGUACAUUUUAGUUUUAAUUUAUCGCAUCUUUUGAAUGUAAAACAUUGCCAAUACUCACACUGAAAUGUACUAGUCAUGGAUAUAUGUAUUGUACGCAUUAAUUUGGAAAAAUUAGCAUAACGUCAAAACAUUAGUUGCACUUAGAUAGGAGGUGAGAAAACGGCUUAGUUUUUAAGACCACAAGAACGAAAAUACACCAAAAUUUCCUCGCAUCAAAAUAUGAUAUUAAGCAGCAUUCUGACGCUACUUAUGAAUCAUUUGGACCGCCGCCUGGUUGGCUCAAUUGGGAGAACGCCGGUCUGCUGAGCGGGAGGUCACGGGUUCGAACCCCGGCUGGACCAACACUCAGGGUCUUUAAAUAAAUGAGAAGGAAGUGCUGCCUUUUGUAAUGACAUCUGCAAAUGGUUAGACUUUCUAGUCUUCUCGGAUAAGGACGAAAAACCGUAGGUCCCGUCUCACAGUACCUACACUUAUCUGGCUCUUUUGGGACGUAAAAGAACCCUCACCACUGUUCGAAAAGAGUAGGGGACGUAGACCCCGAUGUUGAGGUCAACCUUCACACAUCACAUCAUUCACAUCAUGGGGUGGGCGGGUACAGUAGCUCAUAAAUGGACUGAAAGCGGUUGCCAGUGGCGUCUUUGUAUGCUGAUGUCCGUGCUUACUGUUCAUAUGUUAAAAAUGUAUUGUAAAGAGGGCACGUCUGUUGUCCUCUCAUCCACGACUCUUCAUUCUUUCAUUCAUUCAUUCAUUCAUUCAUUCAUUCAUUCAUUCAUUCAUUCAUUCAUUCAUUCAUUCAUUCACUCUUCAUUCAUUCAUUCAUUCAUUCAAUCAUUCAUUUGAGUCGUUUAUAACGUUUUUAUCAAAUAAUCUAUCACGGCUAUUGAAAAUUUAAAGUUUGACACAUAUUUUCGUAUUAGUCGAAUUCAAACAUACUGAAUGUUUUACUUCUUACGGAGGUUAUUUGUUAAACACCAAACUUUAAGUUACUGGUGUUGGAUUUCCAGUAGCUGGUCUAGGUCUCGCAAAAUUAGGCGUUUAUCAGUUUCAAAGUUUUUUGUUUACUGUUGUCAUAGUAAUAUCGAUUUUACUAAAACCUACAUUUUAACAAAUUUCAAUCUAUAGUCAAUCACUGGUGAAAAUUUUAUAGCAAUCAGACAAGGGUAAAAUCACUUUUAAAGCGAUUGAAAAAUAUCGGUAUGGUCUCUGAAAAACUAUAUCGAAACACCUUAAACUCUGUAUUACGGACAGUUGUUGGGAUCCUGACAUUCGAAAAACUCCAUACAAUCUCUACCAUGAGACUCUUGUACUGCGAGUACUUAGCUCUAUCCCUCUGGUGUACGUAUGAAGGAAGUAUGACUGUAAUUGUUUGUCAUUAGGUCAUGACUAUAAAAUGUCCAGAAUGAACAUUCCAUCUGGUGAUUAAUUUCCUUAAUAACUUUGUUUCUGUUUCUAAACUUUCUUUCACUAAUCAGUAAGUAAACAUGUAUUACGUUUCUAAUUCAAAAAAGCUGAAAAUCGAGCACUAUCUUCAAGAAUGAAUAACGAAAUGUACAUCUUUGACAAUUCACAGGAGGUAUUCCAUAUCCAGGCUGGUCAGAAGCCAAGGUAAUUGCGGAAAUUAAAAAUGGGUACCACAUGCCAAAGCCCGAACACGUCGACAAAACGCUGUACGUUUCAAGUCAUAGACUUAUUUAGUACGCAUAUUGAUUAAUAUACCUUACGUAUUUAUUUAUUUUAUUUUAUUAUAUAUUUAACAUUUAUGUCUGUCGCUAAAUAAUAAGUAUUUUAUACCGCUCUAAAAAGUGUAAAAAAGUGUCUAAAAUUGCGAUUUUAAGGGCAAAGUAAUGAAGUAUUAAUAAAUGUUUUAAAUUGCAUUUUUAAAAGCAGCCAGUGAAUUGGACAAUGCGUUUCCCUUGGGAUUGGGUUCCCUUCUGUAAUUGUCCUUGGCUAGAACGAGUACUUGUAGUAAUCCCUAAUGGCUGUCGGCUGUGUGUAAGCGUCCUCUUUGGAGCGAGUUGAGUACGAAUGGCCAGCUGAUUGUAUUUUGGCAUCUCCUUGGUGUGCUAUGGUUCGCCUACUUUAUAGUGUCUACCAUUUCAGGGUUGAAACAGGGUGACACUAUCUUUGCGGUCGAAGCGAUUUAGAACCCAGCGUGCAGCUUUCCUUUGGACCAUCUCAACCGUGUUUAUACACGCCAGGGGCGUAGCCAGCUUUUUGAGUAGUUGUAGGCCUGAGCGGCUGACUUUCAUUUCCACAUAUCCUGAAAUAGCAUGCAUGACUAACAUACACUGACCUCACCAACACUUUGAGCUCUAAGCUUCUUAACUGACCCCAACAACCACAAGCGGUAGAGUGAUCAAACCGGCAAAAAUCUGUAGGCCCGGGACUACAGGUCUAUGGGCUGGCUCCGCCCCUGCAAGCCAUCAUUGCAGGCGAUAAGGACUAAUGGGAUAAAAGCGAUGUCACAUGUUUUUUAGGGAGUAAACAAGUGAUAACAUCUGCCAAUAAAUUUUUUCUGUCAAAAGAUCCGCGAAGGAGAAAUGCAGUUGAUAAUUUCAUACCAAUAUCCUGUUCACCGCUCAUGUGGAAAUUAAUGACUGGUUAUCAUCUAAUUCGAUCUACACUUCUCUCGAGGAGAAUAAGAUGCUACCGGCUGAACAGAAAGGAUGCAGGAGGAAGAACAAGUAACCAACAAUAAGGAAAACUUGUUAUUGACAAGAAGCCAUCAUAAGCACAAAAUUUGGCUAUGACGUUUAUAGAUUAUGACAAAGCCUAUGACAUGGUCCAACUUUCUUGGAGUAUCGAGAGUCUGUAAUUAGCCCAAGCAGCACCAAAUGCAACUGACUUUGUGGAAAUAUCGGUAAAGAGCUAGAGCACUCAACUAAUAGCUUGUGGAUAAACGUUGAGUACAGUAUUUUAGAAAAGCCACAGCAGGUUGUAACAUCAAAGUAAACCAGCUGCUUUUCACAGCGACGGGCUUAGUAGUUGGGUAUCCACCGUCCAACUCCUCUGACGAGAUAUAGGAAUACAAUUUGUUUUAAAGAAGGGCAGGGUGACGGUAGUGAAUAAUGGGAAGCUGAGUAAGACUGAGGGCAUUCCACUUGACAAUGGUGAGACAGGUAAGGAAGUGGGUGAAGAGUGGUACGAACACAUGAGAAUGAUGGAACGGAUGGAGUGAAGGAGAAGGAUAUGAAUGAUGUUCUUGAGUAUGAGUACCUGCGAACACUGAAGUUGGUAAUAAAUUCUAAAUUGAAUGGCGGAAACAAAAUCAAAGCAGUAAACACAUGGGCUGUAGCCAUAUUGCGAUAUGGUGGUGGAGUGAUCAGAUGAACAAAGAAUAAACUCCAAAACAUCGACAGGAUGACCAAGAAGCUGAUGACAAUAAAUAGGAGGUGCACCCAAGAAGUGAUACUGCAAGAUUAUAUCUAUCAAGGAAUAAAUGGAGAAGAUGACUCAUUAGCCGCGAAGCUUGUGUCAGUGGGGAAGAAAACAAUUUAAGUCGGUAGAUAAGGAAUUCCAAGGAGGUGUUGCUUAGGAAAGUAGGUGAGAGAGUAACAGUGACGGUAAAUGAAGCAAAGGAUGCCAGAGAGUGUAACAAGAAUAAAAAGAGAGAAAUGGAAAACAGAUUGUACGAAAAAAUGUAUGAGCAAUAUGUCAGGGACAUGACCGAAGUGGACUGGGAGAGAACAUGGCAGUCGUUGCGGAAAAAUACCCUGGUAAAUGUAUGGGAAGGCUUGACUGGGACGGGAAGAUCAGUGGUACAAACAUAUCCCAGGGAGAGUGGUGGGAAAUGGAGAUUUCAAAGUUCUGUAGGAUUAAAAAAACAAACAAACAAACAAACCACAGUCUGUCUUGAACAAGAGUUUUCUACGCGGUCUGAAUGAAUUUUUCGCAAAACUUUGUCAAGAUGACGGUUACACGGAGCCUUCGUUCCAAGACUGAUCGAUAGAGAAAAGUAUCUAUCGCCUCGACUCAAUGAAACCGAAGUUAUGCUGGCCUUGUCUAAGAUCAAAAAGACAGCAUCAGGACCGGACAGUAUACCCUACUGGGUUUGGAGAGAUAAUGCUCUACUUUUAGCUCCAGUGGUUACUUUUAUUGGGAACUUAUCUCUGUGUUCCUAUACAUGGCCUAAGGGAUGGAAAGAGUCUAACAUCAGUCCUCUCCCCAAGGUGGACACAACUUCGCAAUACCAGGACUUUCGUGGUAUUAACGUAACCCCUGUUAUUGCCAGGUGUUUCGAAAAAUUGUCUAUCAUAAAUUCAGUAAACACGCGUUUGAAGAAAAUCUAGGCCCGACUCAAUAUGCGUACCGGGAAAGAUGCAACUGCACAGAUGCUUUGAUCAAUCUGCAAUAUAACUGUUUGAAAGCGUUGGGUGAUAGGGAAUGUAGAUAUGUUCGACUGUUUGCUAUAGACUUUGCUAAGGCAUUUGACAACGUGAGGCAUAGUAUACUUAGUGAGAAAUUAAGGGCCCUUGACUUAAACCCGUAUAUUACCAACUGGUAUCUUUCGAAAUCGUAAGCAACGGUUAGUGUUUAGGGGUAUCAGCUAUUGCUGGUAUAAUGUAAACAAAAGCACAACACAGGGCAGCGUUACUGGCACUAAUUUAAUCUUUUUGUUAAUGAUCUCGAGCUUGUAAACUGUCCUGAUGUUUCUCUUAGUGAAUAUGCCGAUGAUACUACGAUGCAAGUUAUUGUAAAUAAGGCCGGAACUGAUUGUGCUAGUGAUGUAAUUUCGCAGUACCUUAGCUGGUCAAGUACAAAGUAUAUGCCUUGCAAUCUAUCCACGUGUAAAGAAUUAGUUUUGAAGAAGAAAGGACAAGCAAAUCCUAGUCCUAUUGGUAAUACAGAGCAGGCCGAAUUUCUAGUGGUACUCGGGAUGACUUUUCAGGGCAAUGGCAGAUUUACAGAAGACAUUAAACGAAAACUCUUCGAAGCGAACAAGUGCCUCUAUGUGUCAAUGAGCUCAAGGAAGGAAGAAUAUAACCAAGUGGAAAUUGAUCAUUUCUUUCAGUCUUUAGUUUUACCUAAAAUUUCGUAUGGCUUACUGGUGUAUGUAGCCUCCGUGCCUGAACUUAAUACUGUACAGCAGUUCCUUCGCAGAUGUCAUAAACAACAGAGGAUCAACAGAGCUGAUGUACCUCCCUAGGAAACUUGGAGGAAGAGGCCUUAAGUCAUUGGAGGAAGAAUAUUAAUUGACCAAGAUCAAGGCGGCUGUGAAGCUGUUCAGUAAUCCAGACCCCAUGAUGCAGGUGGAUAAAAGGUAUGAAGAGAACGCCGGGGGAAGUGGUCUACGGGCGUUAAUUGAAGAUGCCAAGAAAUAUGCCCAGGAACUGGGUUAGGAACUCAACUUAAGUUUCCCACAUCCUGUUGCAAAAAAAUUAGACAGCAGAGAAGUGGAUGGAGCGUCAACUGGUAGAUGUUAUAAGGAAGAAUUAAGAAAGCGAAUGGAAGAAGCUAAAAGUGAGAACUGCCUAGCAAAGCUAGUGGCAACAAGGUGGAAUGACAACGACUUGAGGAUGACUGUUUUGAGUGGCUAGCAGCCUGGAGAUCACUGUCUUCUAGUACCAUCGCGAGGACACAGGUAUUGUAUGAGCAGCUCCUUCCAACGAAAGUUUAUCAACUAAGAAGAACGGAGUUGAAUCCAUCAACUGAUGUCACAUGCAGAAUGUGUAACAAAUCUCAAGAUUCCACGUCGCACGUGCUUGCCUGCUACUCAGCUCUGGUGCAGAGCAAAUACCUUGCUCGACACAAUUCGGUGUUAAAGAUCCUAUUCUUCCAGCUGAAGAAAACUAUGUUUGAUCGACAUCCAUUCCCCCAUGGUUUUCUCUUACUGAACCAAAACCAGUAUACAAAAAAACAGCGCACUAAGGCUUAUUGAGAUGUGCCAGUUUAUGCCGAGAACACUUAAGUCAAAGCAAACAGUUAAGAUGCAAUGCAAGAAUAAUCAUAUUUAGUAUUGUUAAAGAAACUUGAAAUUUUCAACUUUUUACGUAAGAUUCCUGGUGUGGUUAUUGUCUCAAUUUUGGCAAUCAAAAGGUUUUCAAUUCACUGUUAUAAUAAUAGAGCUACCCAAUAUGCAGACUUUGACAUCGCUACACAGAAACCACCGAUCACAUGACAAGUGGUUGCCCUGAAUUAGAAAAGUCCGAGUACAUAUAUAGACACGACAAGGCCGCCUCUUACAUCCUCUGGAAAAUCUCCAAAGAGUACAGCAUCAAAGUGGCGGACAAAUAGCAGAAAAUGAAAAUGAAACAUGUACUAUCCUCUGGGACAUGGCGGUUAAUACCAAAAAAGAAAUCAAAUUCAACCAACAGGCCUGACAUCAUUAUAAAAGACCAAGAGCUAAAAAGAUGCCUACCCGCUGAAUUAAAUACUCGUCAAAAUGAUUGAAAACUAUUAAAUUAUAAGGAAAUCUCAAGGAUGUGGAGCCUGUAGUUAUUAUGAAAAGUUCCUGGUAAAACAGGUCGAAAAAAUCCCUGGAAACAUCAAUAUUGAGACCUCCAGAAGACAAGCUCUCUAGACCCCAUUUUUGUUUUUACGAAAAGUGCUCUCCGCCAACUAAAUAACAUCCCCUCUUAGCCGCUCCAAAGGCAACUGGUAGCCUCUCGGAGCUCUUGGCGGUAAGAACUGCGAAGCAAGAUCGACUGGAAGCGAUCGUUUGGUGACAUUGAUCUCGUAAUGUUUUUGUUUUAAACUCAAUGUAAGAUUUUAAGGGUCUGGAUUUUUUAUUCAACUUUCAGGUACCAUCUGAUGGAGAGAUGCUGGCAACAAGAGCCUGACUUUCGCCCAAGUUUCGAAUUUCUUCGUCAGAAGCUGCUCACAUACAUCGAGGAAAAGGUUACUUUUUAG